AAUCACCCACCCCCUGUAAAUAAAUAAAUUGAGAUGAAUUAAAAUCAAGAAAAUAAUGAAUAGUAGAAGACGAGUGAAAUGAAAUUUGUCAUGUAGUUGUUGUCUGCCGCAUCCUAUUUUGAAAUCUCUGCUCCCUCCCUCUGUUUCACUAAAUUAAAUCCCCCGGCAUUCACUUUCCAAUCAACGAUUCAUUCUCACAAGCACAUUCCCUCUCUCUAUACACACACUCACACUCUCAUCUUCUUCUAGUUAAUAUAAAAACCUAUGGCGACAUUUGUUAGAGCAAAGGACCAAAAAUGGAAAGAUAGAGAAACUAGUAACAAAGUUUGGAUUGAAAAUCAAAAUCAUAAGCUCAAAUCGGAACGCAAAGUGCCUGUUGUUUAUUAUCUCACUAGAAAUGGACAACUUGAACAUCCUCAUUUCAUGGAAGUUACACUUUCUUCCCCUGACGAAGGACUUUAUCUUAGAGAUGUCAUCAACCGCUUGAAUUUUCUCAGGGGAAAAGGCAUCGCUUCCCUCUAUUCCUGGUCUGCCAAAAGAAGCUACAGAAAUGGAUUUGUGUGGCACGAUUUGGCGGACCAUGAUUUUAUAUAUCCAGCACACGGCCAAGAGUACGUUCUCAAAGGAUCACAACUUGUUGAGGGUGCAACAACGCUGACAUCUAAAAAUCAGGUGCCGGAAGUGAGAAAACUCCCGGCUGUAUCACGGCGGCGCAACCAGUCCUGGUGCUCUGCCGACUUCCACGAAUACAGAGUCUACAAAGCAGAGUCGUCCAGUAACGAAUACUCCGGCAAAGCCGGCGCUGAUGCGUCAACUCAGACAGACGAUCGCCGUCGCCGGCGAAGAGAAAUUGGAAUUGGUGAAGAGGAAGAAGAAGAAGUUAGCAUUUCACCUCCGCCGUCUGAUUCAAGUCCGGAAACACUUGAAACGUUGAUGAAAGCCGAUGGUAAGGUAAUCGUACGUCCAGAAACAGAUGAAUCGAAUGGAAAGAGCAGAGGAUCUUCUUCCGUGUUGAUGCAAUUAUUAUGGUGUGGGUCAAUGUCGUUCAAGGACUGUGGGCCCGGCGGUUAUGGAAAAGAUCAUGGGCUUUCCCAUUACAAAUCGAGGGUGCCACGUGGACCGGUGGCAGAGAUCAGUAGGAGGGUGGAGCAUCAGGGAAUCACAAAGCUAGAAGAGUACUUGAGCGGAAGCUUAAUAGAGACAAACAAGGACGAAUAUCCAGCUCUGAAAAGAUCUUCAUCAUGGAAUGCAGAUGGGAGUGCAAAAUUGGAAAUAAGGGAGAAGGAGAUAGAAGGGGUGAGAGCAAAAUGCAUUCCAACAAGGCCAAAGAAUCAAUCCAGCAGAAAGGAAUUAGGAAGCAGCAUUCACUUGUCUAGUAGUAGCAGUAGCCAACAGGGUAGCAAAAGGCUAGUGCUUCCACCCCAACUCUAGAUGUAGUACUAGUUUAAGGAUGAUCAGAACCAUUAUUCACCCAAACAAUCUCCAUCGUAUGUUGUAAAUACAAUGGAAUUAACCUAGAAAUUUCAUCUGCCAAAUCACUUCAAGUUUAAUAUAAUUUUGAUAAUCUAUUAUGACUAGCUAAUUCGUCAAAAUAUGGAAAGCGAGACUGAGAUGAUCUGGAAAUGUGAAGUGAUUAGUCAGGACAUGACACAAUUUCAAUUUACGGACGACAUAAUCUUAGAAUAAAGCGUUUGUCAAGUAGUUGAGAGUUAUAUGGUUCAUCAUUCCACCCUAGUGUUAUUUGAGAGUUUGCCUAUUUUA